ACGACGCGGCCAUCAUACGUCUGGCGGCAGUGUACCAGCUCCCAGCCGCGCACCGCGGCCGCUCAUUUUGCUGGGUCAGCAGUUUUUCAACCUCCAUUGCGAGUCCUCCGAUGUCAGCCCAUCCCUCACCUCUCACCGCCGCUGUGGCCGCGGCCGAGGUUUCCUGACGCGCCUACAACGACUGCACGUCACCCAAGGCAUCACAAGCCGUCGCCCUCUCCACUACAUCAGCUGACUAAUCUUGGCCGCAGACUUCGUUCACCCCCGGGUUCGUCUGCAUACUUACAACCCACUCAAGGUUCAAGGACACCCUCACCGGCAUCCCCUCGCACCGGCCGCAGUAUUACAGGCUCAAACAUCUCAUUCCAGGCAAAACUCAAAAAGACAACCAACCGAAAAAAAAUCAUAAAACACAGAAAAAACACCAAAUAAAACAAGCAAACCGCCCAGAAAGAAACUUAAAACCAAACGAAAACCAAAACAACUGACCUCACAAUGUUGGCAUCGGGGCUGAGGUCGCGGUCUGUUUGCUGGCUGGCGGGAAACAUCGGCAAGAGGAAGAGCAGCAGCAGCAAUAGUGGGUGCACGUGGCAAUACACUGGUGCCAGGAGUGGGAUGCGGGGCGCGUGGUACAACAUUGGUGGCAGCGGUGGGAUCCAGGGCGCGGUGGAGGAGGCGUCGGGGAGGUGUGGAAGGCGAGCAUCGAGCAACAACGUGGAUACCUUCAGAGACACGGCCACUCUUCGGAUGCCUAAUGGAGAGAAGCAAAGCCCGGGACUGUUUAGCAAGGAGGAGGUGGAGGGCAGAAUCACCCGCUUGCGUCACUACAUGGAGGAAGAGGGGCUGGCCGCCUGUAUCUUCACCUCCAUACAUAACAUUAACUACUAUACAGGUGGGUUCGUCUACUGCUCCUUCGGUCGGCCAUAUGGACUGGUGGUGACGCCGGAGAAGCACGUCACCAUUUCGGCCCUGAUAGACGCCGGACAGCCCUGGCGCCGCUCCCCCCAGGGCAACAUCAUAUACACCGACUGGCAGCGAGACAACUUCUUCCGAGCGGUGGCCGAAGAGGUGGGCGUGGCCAAGGGCGCCGUGGGGGUUGAGGAUGACCACUUGACCCUUGAGAGGCGCAACAAGCUGACCCAACACCUUCCCGGCAGCCCCGCCCUCGCUGAUGUGUCCCAGGCUGCCAUGAGGAUGAGGAUGGUGAAGAGCAAGGAGGAGAUAGCUGUGAUAAAGAACAGCACGGCUACAGCAGACAUCGGGGGCUGGGCGUGUGUGGAGGCGCUGGGCGAGGGAGUGCCGGAGUACGAGGUGGCUCUGGCGGGCACCCGAGCCAUGGUCCGACGCCUCGCUGAGAUCUACCCCGACAGCGACCUCAUGGACACGUGGGUGUGGUUCCAGUCGGGCAUCAACACAGACGGCGCCCACAACCCCGUCACCACACGCAGGGUACAGCAGGGCGACAUCCUCUCCCUCAACUGUUUCCCGAUGCCACAGGGGUACUACACAGCGCUCGAGAGGACCUGGUUCCUGGGCCACUGCAGCGACGCCCACCUCAAGGUCUGGGAGGGCAACGUGGCAGUCCACAAGAGGGGCCUUGAGCUCAUCCGUCCCGGCGCCAAGUGCUCGGAGAUCGCCCAGGAGCUGAAUGAGUUGUUCGCCCAGCUUGGCCUGCUCAAGUACCGCAUGUUCGGCUACGGGCAUUCCUUUGGGGUGCUGUCCCACUACUACGGCAGGGAGGCAGGCCUGGAACUACGCGAGGACAUCGAGACAGUGCUGCAGCCGGGCAUGGUGGUGUCAAUGGAGCCUAUGGUCACUAUCCCCGAGGGUCAGCCUGGGGCGGGGGGCUACCGGGAGCAUGACGUCCUGGUGAUCAACGAAGAUGGGACUGUUGACAAUAUUACUGGCUUUCCCUUCGGCCCAGAGCACAAUAUUUUUAAGAAGUAAGAUCGGACCAGUGAGUGAUUAACAAGGAUGACAAUAUUACUGGUUUCCCUUGAGCACAGAACACAAUAGUUUUAAGGAAUGGAGUAAUGAGGAUAAAACGUAGGAUAAUAUUUUCUUGAGGUCCGGAACACAAUAUUUUUAAGAAGUAAGAUCGGACCAGUGACUGAUCAACAAGGAUGACAAUAUUACUGGUUUCCCUUGAGCACAGAACACAGUAGUUUUAAGUAAUGGAGUAAUGAGGAUAAAACUGAGGAUAAUAUUUUCUUGAGGUCCAAAACACAAUAUUUUUAAGAAGUAAGGAGAGACCAUUGAAUGAUUAACAAGGAUGAGAAUAUUACUUGUUUCCCUUGAGCACAGAACACAAUAGUUUUAAGAAGUGAUGAGUAAUGAGGAUAAAACUUAGGAUAAUAUUUUCUUUGGGUCCAGAACACAAUAUUUUUAAGAAGUAAGGAGAGACCAUUGAAUGAUUAACAAGGAUGACAAUAUUACUUGUUUCCCUUGAGCACAGAACACAAUAGUUUUAAGAAAUGGAGUAAUGAGGAUAAAACUGAGGAUAAUAUUUUCUUUGGGUCCGGAACACAAUAUUUUUAAGAAGUAAGAUCGGACCAGUGAGUGAUUAACAAGGAUGAGAAUAUUACUGGUUUCCCUUGAGCACAGAACACAAUAGUUUUAAGUGAUGGAGUAAUGAGGAUAAAACUUAGGAUAAUAUUUUCUUGAGGUCCGGAACACAAUAUUUUUAAGAAGUAAGGACGCACCAUUGAAUGAUUAACAAGGAUGAGAAUAUUACUGGUUUCCCUUGAGCACAGAACACAAUAGUUUUAAGAAAUGGAGUAAUGAGGAUAAAACUUAGGAUAAUAUUUUCUUUGGGUCCGGAACACAAUAUUUUUCAGAAGUAAGAUCGGACCAGUGACUGAUCAACAAGGAUGACAAUAUUACUGGCUUCCCUUGAGACGAGAGCAUGAUAGUUUUAAGAAGUAACAAACAAGAAUACCACUAAUGAUAAUAUAACCAGCGUUCCCUUCCAUAACCUUAUUUUACGGAGGUCAGUUUGGUUUCGCCUUUACGCCGUUUCCCUUACUGUAAAAACUUGAAAAAAAAUAAAAUCAAUAAAACACAAUACACUUCGUUUCCCUGUCAUGUUGUUCUUAGAGUGUUAAGAGUUGCAGUGUACAGUAGAUAUCGAAUUAAAAAGUAUUAGUAAUGUUUAAAAAGGGCUAUUUGGCUGAGAAUUAUGUUUUUAUGAGUCUUGGAAAAUUUACUGAUGGAGAAAUGAGUUUAUCGUAUUGGUAGUGUUUUUUGGUAGGGCAACAUGACAUAGAUACCCUUUCUUUCUUUUUACAAUCGGCCCUGCGCCUUUUUCACCCUCCCUCUUCACUCUCCUUCAUGCUCCCCUCCACCUUUCUCCUUUUAUCUCCUUCCCACUCACGGCCUCCACUUUCCUACACUCCCCUAAAGUGGCUAUUACACUGGGCAUAUUUUCCAUGGAUCUUCAGUCAAACCACGAUUUCCGCUAGCGUGGUCCUCAAUUGUUUCUUGUUAUUGCUGCUGAUGAAGAUGGUGAGUAAUACCGUCGUCCUUCAGUGAAAUCUACCAUAGCUUUGGAAGAUCGCGGACACGUCAGAAAAACACGGAAAUAUGAGAACGAUGCCAGCGGAAAUCGUGGUUUGACUGAAGAUCCACGGAAAAUUUGCCCAGUGUAAUAGACCCUUUACUCCCAUACAUCCUUCUCCCUUCACCUCUAUCUCCAUGCAUGAGUGAGUGUGUACAAGGAAACUAAGGGUACUGUUGGGUGUGUUUAUAUAUAUCUUAAUACACGGUUUCCUUUACUGUAAAAAAAACUAUAUAAUUGGUUUCACUGUUAUGUGGUUUUCUGGUAAGGCAACUGAUUAUGUACCUAAAAAUAUUAAAAGGUAGUAUCUGGUGUGUUUAUAUAUAUCUUAAUACACAGUUUCCUUUACUGUAAAAAAACUAAAUACUUGGUUUCAUUGUUAUGUGGUUUUCUGGUAAGGUAACUAUGUACCUAAAAAUAUCAAGGGUAGUAUUUGGUAUAUUUAUAUAAUCUUCAUAAAAUACAUACUACAUAUUCAGAUUAGUAUAAUGGUAUGAGUAUAAUCUUCAUCAAAUACAAACUUCGGCCGCCUCUUUAGAUUAUUUUUUAGGAGCAGCGAGUAGCGGGCUUUUUCUUUAAUAUUGUUUCCUUUUUUGUGUGCCCUUGAGCUGUCUCCUUUGUAGUAAAAAAAAAUAAAAAAUAAAAAUAAAUCAUUGAAAACAGUAUGAUAGUAUAAAAUAAUAUAUCAUCUUCAUAACACACAAACUAUAUAUAUAUACCUCAUUCAAAAGUUAUCACAUCAUUAUUUACAUUUUUAUUAGAGUAGAAAUUAUUGCACCAAGCCAUAAUUAUUCACUACAGAUAUAAUUAUUGUGUGAAUCCUGCUUCUGUAACGGUUUUGGAUUGCAUGUGAAGAGAUUGUUAUGUGAGAGACUUCCAAACAAUGACAUUUCUAUAGUAGUUUUGGAAUGCAUGUGAAGAGACUGCUGUGAGAGACUUCCAAACAAUGACAUUUCUAUAGUAGUUUUGGAAGGCAUGUGAAGAGACUGCUGUGAGAGACUUCCAAACAAUGACAUUUCUAUAGUAGUUUUGGAAUGCAUGUGAAGAGACUGCUGUGAGAGACUUCCAAACAAUGACAUUUCUAUAAUAGUUUUGGAAUGCAUGUGAAGAGAUUGUUAUGAGAGACUUCCAAACAAUGACAUUUCUAUAAUAGUUUUGGAAUGCAUGUGAAGAGACAGCUGUGAGAGACUUCCAAACAAUGACAUUUCUAUAGUAGUUCUGCAAGGCACCUGAGAUUAUUUGUGAGGGAGACUUUCAACCAACAGCAGACACAACACUAAGGUCCCUAUUCUUAACCCCUUGACUGUGGAUUUCCUAGAAGAAGCCAUCACCAGCUACAGGAGUGGAACAAAAAGUGGCUGCUACAAUUCAUU